AAAAAACUUGAGGGAUACUCUCGGAGGGGUGCCAGGAGUGCGUUCACCCAAGUGUACGUUCACGAGGAAUAUAAAAAAACUCGGAGCAUUUGAUUUGCGUGAAAUCCGGUAGAUUGAGGUGGAAGAAAAAACAAUUAGUUUCCAGUGGAUAACAGCCUUGUGUUUCCUUCCCCGGAAGACUAAAAAAACCGUAGAUUGCAUCGGCACGUCGAAAUUCCCCACUUCCAUGUCGAUUGCGGUGGAUUACGAAACGUUAAAUUUCGUGGACAAAACGACUUUCGUGCGUGCUAAGGUCUCGGAGAGCUGUGAGAGAGGGAAAAAAGAAGCCUUGUCCCCGUUAAACUGUGUCAGUAGGAUAACACCAGAUACUGACUUGCAUCAGGACACGAGUGUUUCAUGGAGUGUCUGAGGUAUUGUCGAUGGAAUUGAAAUAAUUAACGCGGAAAAAUUCGGUUUAGAAGCAAAAUCUAAUAAAUCUCGUGCUUCGAUCAACCGUGAGCUUCAAGGCAAACGUUCCGUCCACGUGUCGACACUUUGAUCACGUUCUCGUCUCGAGGCACGUGGGUAACGUUCCCCACACACGCAGUAGUUUUAGUCCUGCUGUUUGUGAGCGAUCAUGCGCACGAGACGGAUGUAGUGACGAAUAAACACUUUGUUUUCCUGCAAUUUUGAGAAACUGAAAUUACGGUAAUAUCGAACUAUUUUCCCCACGUAUUUUCUGACACUUCUCGGGGUUCUUCUCGCGAGGAUAAAAAACAAUACGAUUGUUCGGAGUUGAGUGAUCAGGAGAGGUCGGAAUAUUAUACUCUGUUGAGCUGCUACAUCUGAAUCGAAAGUAAAAAUAAAAAAACCCCGCAGUGGCACAUGAUUUAUGCGUCUAUCAGUGGACAAGUGAUGAAAGAAUGCAGGAUUCUUAGCAGUUGAUUGGGGGAAGGUCAGUCCUUCUGGUCUAGGAAUAUCUAUUGUCUCUAUUGAGAUAUCUGGGAAUCGGUAUUUUUGAAAGAAUGAAGAAUCCAGAGCACGAGAGUGGAUACUUUGAGGAUGGGAGUGAUGUCGAAAUUGUUUUUGAGGAGAAUGCUGUUGGGGAUGAGAGAAAAUGGGGCUCUGGAUCGUAUGGACUCUCUAAGGCCAUACGACAGCUUGACGUCACUGAUUCACCCGCAUCGCCGGAGCCCGUCGAGGAUGAGCAAAAUCAGAACGGAGUUAAUCUUACUGACAGCGCCGGCCAGAGGGUAGACAUGACGCACUUUGAUCUGCUGAAAGUCCUUGGAACAGGAGCUUAUGGAAAAGUCUUCCUCGUGAGAAAGAGAAUUGGCGCUGACGUUGGCCGUCUUUAUGCGAUGAAAGUAUUGAAAAAAGCUACGAUUGUUCAGAAAAAGAAAACAACGGAGCACACUAAAACUGAAAGACAAGUUCUUGAGGCUGUGAGGGACAGUCCAUUCUUGGUGACACUCCACUACGCCUUUCAAACUGAUGCUAAACUUCACUUAAUUUUAGAUUACGUGAAUGGUGGUGAAUUAUUCACCCACCUUUAUCAGCGAGAACACUUCACCGAGGAUGAAGUACGGAUAUACAUCGGAGAGAUUAUUAUUGCACUGGAGCAUUUACAUACGUUGGGUAUUAUUUAUCGCGACAUAAAACUUGAAAACAUACUUUUGGAUCGUGAGGGGCACAUAGUACUCACGGACUUCGGUCUCAGUAAAGAAUUUCUGCCGCACGAGAGGGACAACAAUGCACGGGCAUACUCAUUUUGUGGAACCAUUGAGUACAUGGCACCGGAAGUUGUCCGAGGCGGUUCUGCUGGUCACGAUAUUGCUGUCGACUGGUGGAGCGUAGGAGUAUUGGCUUACGAACUUCUCACAGGAGCCUCUCCAUUUACCGUAGAAGGAGAGAGAAAUACUCAACAGGAGAUAUCACGUAGAAUUCUUAAAACCGAGCCACCAAUUCCAAGCCACUUGAGUCCAGAAGUUCAGGACUUUCUUGCCAGGCUCUUGGUUAAAGAUCCGAGACAAAGAUUGGGGGGUGGACCUGGCGAUGCUAAAGAGCUCAAGGAGCAUCCAUUCUUCAGGAAAGCCCCGAAGCCAUUCAGUUGGUCUGCACUGGAGAAACGAGAGAUUGAACCACCCUUUGUGCCUCAAAUUGCUCACGAACUAGAUACCAGCAAUUUUUCGGAUGAAUUCACGAAAAUGGUAGCUGCUGAUAGUCCGGCGGUUGUACCACCCAAUUAUGACAAAAUAUUUCGGGGAUACUCCUACAUUGCCCCAUCAGUCCUCUUCGGUGACAACGUAGUGUCCGAAGACAUAUUCCGAGACUCAACCCCAGAGGGUCACGCUCCGUCUGCCUCGUCAGUCCUCGCCUCCCGUUUCGAGGAAUCCACAUUUUUCCAGCACUACGAUAUUGACCCGAGGAGAGAAGCCCUUGGCGACGGAAGUUUCUCCGUCUGUCGCCUCUGCAGACAUCGCCAAACGAAACAAGAGUACGCAGUGAAAAUUGUAAGUAGGAGAGUGGACUGUGGCCGAGAAGCGAACCUCCUUCGUGCCUGCCAGGGCCAUCCAAAUGUAGUGAAAUUAAUCGACGUCUACCAAGAUCGAGCCCACACAUACAUAGUCAUGGAAUUGCUCUCAGGCGGUGAACUGCUCCGUUCAAACCGCAAAAUAACUGAGAAAGAGGCCAUCAAAGUGAUGAAACAAUUGGCAUCAGUAGUGCAAUUCAUGCACUCGCGUGGAGUUGUUCAUCGGGACUUGAAGCCUGAGAAUUUGGUCUACGCUCACUCUGGAGCAGAUUCACCAGUGAAAGUCGUGGACUUUGGCUUUGCCAGAUUGAAAAGGUCCUGCGAGCCCCUUCACACUCCGUGCUUCACCCUUCCCUACGCAGCACCGGAGGUCCUGGCUCGACAGGGAUACGACGAGAGCUGUGAUCUCUGGAGUUUAGGGGCAAUCCUGUAUUCCCUGCUCUCUGGGAAGCCUCCGUUCAAGGUUGGCAGUCUAGACCUGGCAAGUAGAAUCAGAACUGGAGAGAUUGACUUCGAUGGGGAUGAGUGGAGGCACAUCAGUCCAGCUGGCAAGGAAAUAGCGAAAGCAUUGCUGGCGACAGAUCCUAAUGAGAGGCUGACAGCGUCAGCUCUGGUUCGUCAUUGCUGGUUAACUGGUAGCUCGGGCACACCUGUUGAACCUCUCCACACUCAGUCCACCUCUGGUAUCAACGAGAAGCCGAAUUCCUUCAAGCUGAAGAAUGUAGAUGGAGCCAAACUGGCGCAGAGGAGGAAACUCCACAAACGAUCGACUUCUUCCUCUGUCUCGUCUUCGGCUUCCACCACGUCGUCCAGUCCCUCUUCUGCUCAAGUGUUGAGACCACCUAGUGCCACAACUUCUAUGACGACCUCGGCCUCCCCAGCCCAACCCAAUGCCUUUGAUUUCGGGGAGGAGAGGGUCAACGAGUAUUUGAGUUCGCUGUCGUCGUCUUCUGAUUCCAAUUCGCCUAGGAGUAUUCUUCUAGAGAGGGAGAGGGUCAGAGAGCCUCUUGAAGCACCCAAAACCAAGAGGAGGAAAAGAGACGAUGGGGAGGAGCAGAACAGCAAUAGCAACAGCAAUAGCAGUGGAAGUGGCCCUGUGACGAGAGCUAGAAAGAGGAAACUCGAGCAGGCGAGUGGGUCUGACAGCUCGGCCGAGUCUUCUGAGACCAGGGGGAAGGUCGAGGGGAAUCUUCAUAGGAAACAGAAGACUGGAAAACGACCCAGGAGGCACGGGGCUGCUGCCAACGAUUAGUAGGAUAGCUUCGUCGUUUUAACUUGAUACAUUUUUUUCAAUCAACUUUUCUGAUUCUUCUCAAAGUGUCUUGGCAGUAUCAAUCAUUCCUAAUUGUACUUCUAGUUGUAGGUACGUAGAAUCAUUUUUUUCAGAGGUUGAGAGGCUGUUUUUGGGUCGAGCAUUGGUGAUAUGUAUCGUAAUUUCCAUGGGAAGAUUCGUUUCAAUUGCUGGGAUGCAAGAAUAAUUAUUUUUUCAUUUCAACUAAUCUGAAUGUGUCCAAGAGGUCUUGAAAUUAUUGUUAAUUUAGUCAAAUACAGAGUGCGAAUAUUUUCUAUUGAUAAAUUAUCAUUAUUUUGGUAAUUGACCGAUGGAAGACUCAACGAAUAGCGGACAGGAUUUCCUUUUUCCGAACAUAGUGAUAUAAUGUUGAGAAAAUUGUUUUCUAUGAAAGGCAUUAGCCCAUUCGAUGGUGGGCAACUGGUAGGAAGUUACCAAAAGACUAUUGAUUUUAUUUUUCAAUUCGUUGGAAAUAAAUGACGAGAUUUCUCGUAGAAUACUACUGACGAAUAUGCCUUUAAAAAGUGAGAGACAAGUUUGAAAAUUCAUUGACUGUUUAACCUGACGUGUGGUGUUUGUUGGAAAAUGGCAAUUUAUUUAGAGAAAAAAAUAAUAAAAAAUUGUAUACUAUGGUAAAGACUGAAAAGGUUGUAUACCAACUCAGGGAACAGGAUUGAGAUGUUAAUUAUCGGCGCAACAAUCAGACGAAUGAGAAAUAAUAUGCAUAAUCGGUACGAGGCGAUUUAAUACGCACAUCAACCAAAGACGACUGAAGCAUCACUGCUGUAAGACCAAAAAGAAUUCGAUGAAUUUAAAAUGAAUUUACACAUGAUGACUUGUAACCGAAGGAUAACUAAUUCACACGUCAUUCGACACAUGAACAUUUAUGUAAAACACUCGCAGAUAGAAACAAAAAAUGAAUUAUAUAUAUUAUUAUAUAUCGAAGAAGAACUCUAUAUUAUACAAGAAUUGUCUAUAUUUAAUAUUAGAGAUAACAAACUAUUCUUUAAUGAGAAAACCUUAAGAGUCAUUAUUGAUUAUUGAGUAAUACCGAACGAAUGGGGGAGAUGGCAUUGUUCUUUUGUUCUAUUCUGUUCUGUUCUACUUGAAAUCCAUCAAUUUUCAAUGAUAAGAAAUUGAGGGGAUUAUAGUACACUUAUCAAUAGGUAUAUUUUUAUCGAGCAUAAUAACGUAAUCCAAAUUCGAGAUUAGAUAUUUCGAGGAGAAUUAUUUCGUUUAUAUGGAUUAUAAAAAACACGUCUACCUUUGUUAUUGCUGAUUGUUAAAAUAAAUCAUAUUGUGAUGUUCAAAACUA